GACCUAAGCCGCCAAAAUGGUGAAGCAGAUCGAGAGCAAGUUGGCUUUUGAGGAAGCCUUGCGCAGUGCAGGAAAUCAGCUUGUAGUCGUUGACUUCUCAGCCACGUGGUGUGGGCCUUGCAAAAUGAUCAAGCCGUUCUUUCAUUCCCUGUCUGAAAAGUAUUCCAAUGUCGUGUUCCUUGAAGUAGAUGUGGAUGACUGUCAGGAUGUCGCUUCAGAGUGUGAAGUCAAAUGCAUGCCAACCUUCCAAUUCUUUAAAAAUGGACAAAAGGUGGGUGAAUUUUCUGGAGCUAAUACGGAAAAACUUGAAUCCACCAUCAAUGAAUUAAUCUAAUUAUGUUUUCUGAAAACAUAACCAGUCAUUGGCUCUCUAAAACUUGUAAUUUUUUUUAUUUACAAAAGAAAAAAUCAAGUAGAAAAUUAUGUUCAAUUGCCAUCCAAUUAUAAAUGAGAAUAAAAUA